ACAUUUGCCGGAGUAAACCAUUCUUGAACUGAUGUUAGAGUUCGCGGGCAGAUCGCGGGAACAACCGUACUGGACAACGUUAUAAGAGUGGCAGAUCACACAAUUAUGAGAAUAUACCGAUUUUAUAAUAAAAUCGAUCGUGUUGAACUCACUGCGAGUUUUUUCUGGUUUCAAUGGUAGACGUGCUAUUGUACAUAGUGGCAUGCUUGUCGACAUGGAGAACCUGAUAUAUCUCGAUAAACCGGAGUCUCAACAUUCACGUUAUUAUCAUUGGAAAUUCUGCAAAAUUAAUACUUAAAUCAAAUGAAUGCACCGAAUAAUUAUUUUAAAUUAUCGAAAAAAUCGUGCCAAUUAAUAAAAUAAUUAAAUAAUGCAAUAAAUAGAAUCGACGUUCGUGGUAACAAAACAAGAUGAUGUCAGGAGGUGAUAGGACUUCGCCAAGAAAACGGGUAGACAACUGGAUCUGCGUCAACAUGUUGUUGUUAUUUCCUUGGAAAUUAUGCGAGAAAAAUUGCAUGGGGAACACACAGUGGUUCUUUCCGUUCGAGCCCGUUAUCAUGGUGGAGCGUGGAUGACGGAUAUAGCGCGUUACAGAGGCACAACAAGUUGCAUGGUUCGAGGGGACAGAAGCGGAGGAGACCUCUAUUGGCUCGAUUGAAGGCUAAGUGACGGGUCAUGGCUGUGAAAGAAUGGUUCAGAAGACUACAGCCGGUCCAGUUGUACCUGGUCCUGUUCUUCACCACCGCUUUCUUCCUCGUCGAGAUAGUCGCUAGCCAUGUGACUCAUUCACUGACAUUGCUACUCAACGCUUAUCAUAUGCUGUGCAACAUUAUUGCACUUGUCGGCUGUAUCGCAUCAAUCAAGUAUAGUCAUCGUCAAAAUGGUUACAAUGAUAACAGCACUUCUAGUUCGUUACGAAAUUCUGUUAUUUGUAUAAAUGGCGAUGAACGAGGUUCUUCCACAUCUCUAUCAACAAAAACUAAGCAAUCACGAUCGGAUAGGCGAAUGAAAAACACUUUCGGUUGGGCGAGGAUAGAUAUAGUCACGAUGCUCGUCUGCUGCGUAUUUCUAGCAUCCUUCUGUUUUUCCUUACUGGUUGAAGCUAUGCAGACUUUGGUACACAUAGACCACUUGGACGAAAUGCACCAUCCUCUGCCUGUUCUUACAAUUGGUGCAUCUGGAAUCCUCCUCAAUGCGUUUUGUUAUAUAUUAAUUGGAGGAUAUACCUUUAAUCAAGGUAUUGUUCUUCACGUCACAAUGAAUGGAGAUGUGAUAUUACGAAGAAAUGUUAAUUCACAGCAAACGAAAGUGGGUGAACAACAGUUAUCUUCGCAAACCAGACGAAGUCCUUUGGGCAUACCAAAGAGCCAAGGACUUCGAGAAACAUGUCGUGAUGCUUUGGGCUGUGUUUUCGUUAUCUUGGUAUCUAUUCUAGUAUAUUUCACCGAUUCUGGCGUAGCCAAAUAUAUCGAUCCACUUUUCGCUAUUAUUUCUUCCAUUUCACUCUUCGCCCUUAGUUAUUCAUAUAUGAAAGAAUCAGGUUUGAUAUUGCUUCAAACUAUUCCUAAUCAUAUAAACAUCGAUUCUCUUAAAAGAGAAUUGCUAGAAGCUUUCCCUGGGAUUGUGAAUGUCCAUGAUUUACACGUAUGGCAAUUAACGGGACAAAAAAUAAUAUCGACAGUUCACAUCAUAUUCUUGGACCCAAUGGUAUAUACCAGUAUUACUGAUCAAGUAACAGCAUUUUUUAUAGAAAUGGGAAUAACUCAAGUUACGAUACAGCCGGAAUUCCAUAAGAUGAGGCCAAACAUGGAAAAAACUGGUUGUCUAAUUCGUUGCCACGGUGAACAUUGUAGUUCAUCUCAAUGUUGUUCAAAAGAAAAAUUUAUCGAAGACUCAUGUUCAGACUUAUCGACCAAGAAACAAGGACAAUCCAUAAAUAAGAAACUCGAGAAAAAGGAAAUUAUUCCUUCUUCAACUACAAUUGAUCUCAAGAAAUUCGCUAUUCAUGAUGAAGAAAGUUCACGAUCGUGUCAAAUGACUACAAAUCAAUCUGACGGAAGCUCAUGCCAAUCAAAGAACAAACAAAGGCAAAGUGAUAAAGAUAAUACGAGAGACGAAAGUUCCUAUGCGAUAAACGUAGAUGUUAAUGAUGGAAAUCAUGUUUCAUGUACUACGAAUCACAGUAACAUUAAUCCAGAGGUCGCAUCAUAACGUUGAUUUAAAAAAAAAACAUUAUAGAGGACGCUUUAUUGAAUUGGAUCAAAUGUAACCUCAAAACGAUAGAAGAUAAAUAGAAAAAAU